AUGAGACCACCAUCUGGUCAGACGAUGGGCGUCUCGGGAGCCACUUAUGCCAACAAUAGAUAUGUCUCCACACACCAGCUUCCAGCCUACUCCGCCAGCGCGUCGGCCAUUCAGCAAGCACCUGAGCUCAGCUACGCGAAGAGGCUUUUCAACUUCCCAUCGAAGAGGAUGCGAAAGACGCAGAUGACUUCAGCCUCCGAGGUCCCCGCCGAGGAGGCACACGUUAAUAUUUGGCCUGAUAAUACGUUGAAGAUCUAG